AAACCGCACCUAUUUUGAUUUUUUGCCCUUAUUUUCUGAUUUUUUAUUGUCAUUUAUUUCAUUCUCAACCAUUUUUUUUAGCAAACAACUAUACGAACUAUUUCCCUUUCACAUUUACAUUGUAUACUCCACAUUUUUAUCAAUUUUCGGCAUUCAGGCCCAGUGUUUGGUUUUUCCCAUUUUUAUACUCUUGCCACAUGUUGCUGCAGAAUAUAAUAUAAUCAAAUAAGGCACCAAUUAAUACAAUGGAUAAAACUUUUCAUGAUUAGUGCUCUGAAGUAAGCCAUCUUAUGACCAAAUAUGGUGUCUCGGUGUUUUCAUCUGAUGUCGAUACACCUUUCUUGAAUUGAAUUAUGAUAUGUACGCGUAUUUAUAUCUUAGCAACACAAUUAUUUUGUUUACUGUCAUGAUUUUAUUUCCUCAUAUGUAUGUACAUAUUUUUCUCGAAACAAUUUAUGCAUCUAGACGUUUAUUGGUGCUCUUAUUUAUCGUUGGAAUAAACUGAUAAAGAGUCCGUAAAAUGUGUUCGAAGGAUCAAUACAGUGAGAUGAAAGAUAAAUUUAAACCACCCAAAUUGAAACAGCCAACAACUACACGAGCCCGUUGCUAUGAGCAAUUCCUUUGGCAAGAGCUUUACAACGAAUAUAUUCGUUACAAUGACCGUUUAGUUAAUGUAAAGCCGGACAAAGCAAAUACAGAAUAUUUUGAUGAAUAUUGUAAGAAGGUUCCAAAGGAAGAUAUGGCUAAAAAGGAGCGUUUGAUUAACGUUUACCCGUUGUACAGCACUAGCGCGAUAACCAUGUGGAAUAACAAUGGUGAUAUAACAAGAGAUUUUAAAAAGCGUUACAUUAUAACACGCCCGGUGCAAGAACAAGCUGAACAAUUCGGAUAAUAUGAGCGUCUAGAGUCAAACUGUAUUUUUAAAUAAUAAGUUAGUAUAUGUAUGUACAUAUACACUAACGCUUAUAUGGCUCAUAUGUUCACAAAUUGUCUUUCCCAAUUUCAAAAUUUAAAACUGGAAAAUUGUACACGAUUAAAACAUAGCUUAAUUAUAAU